AUGGCAUCUAAAUUUGGCUCAAUACAGGGCGCCUUUUGUGAAGAAGCCGACUGUGAAACGAUUGCUGAUGUGACUUUUUAUGUGAAGGAAGACAAGAAGAAACAACUCUGCCAUUCGUGCGCCUUGAAAAAAGAGUGCCUCGGAAUACCCAGAAAAGGCGGGCUUCGUCUGUAUUGCGAGAAACAUGAUAAAAUUAUGGAGCUAUAUUGCAAGACUCAUGGUAAAGCUUUGUGUGUUCCGUGCGCUGUGAUUGACCAUCAUGAAAAACCUUGCAUACGUCAGGAUAUAGAGGACGCCCUCCUGGAAAUCAGAGCAAAUCUCAGCAUCCUCCAGAAAACGGCGACCAACAAAUUAGAGCUAUCUGGAGUCAAUGGGGGUGAGAUUCUUCAAAGUAGACAAGUCGCUGACGAACAUUUGCAAACUAUUCAGAGUGUGGUCGAUUACGAAAUCGAAGGGGCUAUUGAAAGUGACAGAACAAAGGAAAAGGUAGACGCUGAUAAAAUCGACCAGGAGAUCGACGCGAGAAACCAACAGUUACGCGAGGAGAUUCAAGAUAUCGAGAAUAAAAUUCAAAAUAACAAUGAGGAGAGAGAAAAGCGACAUGAAGAAAAUUGUUUAAUUGCAGAGAAAAGACGACAACCGAUUUAUGACAAACAACGCGUUCUUCAUGCUGACAUUCAGAACAUCGCUCAGAGGGUCGAGAAAAAGAUUGGAGAGCUUGAGAAAUCAUGGCAAGACGACAAAAAAUCAACAGAGAAAGCAAAACAGACACUGGACAGAGUUCUUGAAGACGAUAAAAAUGUUGUCAUAGAUGGACAUCGUGUGCAUGCAUCAGUGAGUGAGGAACUAAAGAAGUUACUGAAUGAGGGUGAGGUGAAACAAAUGAAUCGUGUUGUAUCAGGUGUGAGGUUUGUGAAGGGUACCGGGAGAGGGCGGUAUGAUGGAAGAAUUGAUGGAUAUGAUGGUGAAUGGAAGCUUAUGGAUACCCGAAACAUCACAGAUGACAUCACAUUCCCGCGCAUUGUAGGAUGUAUAGAUGAAUAUAAGGUAAUGAUUAAUGGAAUGGCUAGUGAAGUGCACACCUACAUGUUAGAUUUGUACAGUAAAAACAUUCAGAGAGUCAUAAGCGGCAGUGAUACAUCCUGGGUUAUCUCAUGUGCAGCGCUGGAUGAUGGCAAGGUAGUAUGUGGUAGAUACAUCGAUGGCUGUGCAGGAGACAAUUUGCAUGGGUGCAUCAGUGUAUACGACAGACAGUGGAAUCACAUCAAUGACGUCACAAUACCAAGAAACACGACCCGGAAUGAUACAUGGGUGGAUAUUGCAGCUGAUCGGGAUCAUGGGAUGGUCAUCGCUGUUGAGAGGGGUCAGUCUAAGAUAUACGUGAUCAACCCAGAUGAUGGUGAUAUUACCAACACUAUCACGUGUAAAGAAAAGAUAAUAAUGAACGAUGUGCUACCAUCAGGUCAAAUCAUCGCCCAACCUUGGCUAAGAGAUCGCAGAGCGCUCAUCAUCGACAGAGAUGGUGGUCAAAGGGAAAUCUACCACAGUGAUGUCAUCUUGAAUGUGUGCGUUGAUCGUAUGACAGACGCCCUCUACGUCGUGACUUCGGAUGACGAGAGAAACAGGUCGUGCGUGGUUGAUCAGGUAAUGAGUAAUGGUGAAAUGAAGAAGAGAAGAGUAACACUAUUCCCUAUAUCAGCUAGAACACUGAAUAGAUUCAACCACCUUCUCGCAUCUCGGGUGACAAUGACGUCAUCAGGGAAUAUGAUAUCAUGUGAUGGAGAUAAUAUUCUCAUAUUCAACAAGCUAUUUACCCUCUAA